AUGUGGGUGCGCACAGCGCUGCUGUCGCUCCUCACUCUCGCCCAUCUGGGCACAGCAUCACCAUACCGGGAGGAUAUUGCGGACUACAACAUUAACCAGAACAAAACUGCCACAAACGUCUUGGAUUAUUACUAUCCCAAGCGCGAUAGCUACACGGCCUCGCCCUCGAACUGGCGCGCUUUCCCCUUCUACACCAUUCUCCUCGACAAGUUCGCCGAUGGAGACCCCACAAACAACGACUUCUUCAAAUCCGUGUACGAGUGGGACUGGCGGGAAACGCAACUGCGCGCGGGCGGUGAUCUUGCGGGUAUGGUAAAUAGGCUGGACUAUCUCCAGGGCAUGGGUAUAUGGGAGGCCGACAGUUAUUCGCCCCUCGACCUCUCCGUUGUCGACCCCCAUUUCGGCUCGGUCGCGACUUGGCAGAAUGCUAUCGACGAGAUUCACAAACGGAACAUGUACAUUAUCUGGACUUCACCGGUGCGCUUUCGGUGUCCAUCCGAUUGGCAGCGUCAGCUCUCGAAGUUCGCGUCCGUGCAAGAUCGUCUGCGAGAGUGGAAUCCCGAUGUCAUGGCGAAGCUCACCACCUUCUCCUGCAUGGCAAUCCAAGCUCUGGACUUUGACGGCAUCCGUAUAGACAAGUCUACCCAGAUGACAGUCGAUGGUUUGGUCCAGUGGACAUCGACGACGAGGAGCUGCGCAGCGGCCCUUGGCAAGGACAACUUCCUCAUUGUGGGCGAAGUGACGGGUGGUGACUACUUCGGAGCGCUCUAUUACGGUCGUGGUCGUACACCCACUGAACGGCCGGAAUACGAUGUCGCGGCCAACAUGACCGAGUCGCAAAAUCAGUACUUCCUACGUGAGCAGGGUCAAGAGGGUCUCGAUGGCGCCGCCUUCCAGUACUCCAUCUACCGCGGCCUGACCCGCUUCCUUGGUAUGGACGGUGAUCUAGAGGACGCUUACGAUGUCUCCAAGGACUUCGUGACUGCGUGGGAUGAGCUUUUCGUCGACGACGACAUGGUCAACCCGGGCAGCCAUAACGUGGAUCCUCGCCAUCUGUAUGGGACGAGCAACUUCGAUGUAUUCCGGUGGCCGAGUAUAGAAAACGGGACGGAGCGCAGUGUCUUGGCGACGUUCAUCACUACACUACUGAUGCCUGGUGUACCACUGGCAAUGUUCAGCAACACCGCAUGGAAGCGUCAUGGAUGUUACACUCUAGGAUCAUCACAGUACUACUACCUUCCGAUGGGUCGCUCUUUGCUUGGCUGCAAGGACGACUGGAACGCGCUUGACCACUUCGACCCGACUGCUGACACACGCCGACUCUUCUCGCAGUACCUCCACCUCCGGACGCAAUUCCCCGCACUGCAGGAUGGUUGGGAUCUCACUACCUUGCGGAACUGGACGUACUCCAUUGAGCGCCCGGGAUCCAACGGCACCUCGACCCAGAUGGGCUUGUGGUCCGUUUCGCGGAGUCUGCUUGAGGACUAUCAAACGACAGCCGGGAACACGUCAGAGAAGGUCUGGAUGUUCUACACGAACCAGAAUGCGACCACGUCGUGGGGGUUCGACUGCACGAGUGACCAGUACAUCAAGAGCCCCUAUCAGGGCGGAAACUCGGUUCGCAACCUCUUCUACCCGUACGAGAUCGUCCCGCUCCAGGAUUCAGCGGAGGCUUUCUAUAACGAUAGCAAGGCGCCGUACUUCGGAUGCUUCCCGAACAUGACCUUACCGCCGUUCGGGUUCAAGGCGUACGUGCUGGAGGCAGAUUGGGUGUCGCCUCCGCCCGCGCUCACGAAGUUCACGCCUGGGCACGACGCGCGGCUGCCGUCGAACUCGAGCUCCAUUCCGAUCACCCUCGAGUUCAAUGUGGAGAUGAGCUGUACCAGCGUGACGAACUCCAUCUCACUGAACAUGUCGAGUUCUGGAACUGGUGCGACGCCGACCCUUGGCUCGGCUACCUGCGGCUCGGUCACUGGGACGCCUCCUGACGAGGUCUAUGGAGUAUCUGUCUCUACAUGGUCAUGGUCGGCAACGCUGGAGAACGUCCCUGACGGUGUGUUGGAAAUCAUCAUAAAGAACCCGACCACGAACGACGGCACUGCGUCGACCAACGCUACGGAUCACCUACUGAUCCGCAAGGGCGCAGCGGAUAACAUCGUCGUGUGGGAUAAUGCGAGCUACGACGCCGGCGCCAUACAGUACAGUGACGGUCAAUACACAUUUACCCACAAGGCAUACGGCGCGGACAUGUUCCGGUAUUCCACCAACUUCGCGCAGAACUGGACUGACUGGCAGUCCGGCAGUGACAACUGGUGGGAGGGGCAGCACGUCAUAGUCCAAUAUUGGUGCUACCUCGCGCAGACGUCGAGCAUGGUCGUGCAUUCGGAUCUGAACUACGACAAACAACGUCGUGUUCCCCAGUUCCUCGUCCGUGGUGCAUACAACGAGUGGGGGUACGAUCUUGGCAUGCCUUACCGCAUGUCUCAGGCGGACGACAACUACUGGCACAUCAAGAUCGCCGAUAGCUGGCCUACCUAUGUGCAGCUCAACGUACGUCGACGGGAUGGUGUCAUGGACCGUCUCCCGCCGAACACGCUGUCAGCCAACUAUCUGAACAUGUCCAAGCCUCCGCACCCCUACGUCGCAUGGGAUCUGAUAGUGGAUGACUCUACGCUGACCUGGUGGCUCGAGCCUAUCGGCGAGUCCUCUGUCGGAGCUAUCACGUUCGCGCUCUUCUGCCAUUCCUUUCGCGACUGCUCACUCGCUGUCGGCGUCUUCAUCUGGUCGUUCUACGGCAUCAAGUACAACAAGUGGGGUGUCAAGCCGCACAAGGACCACAGCAACUACUUCCCCAUCCUCGGCGCCCUGGGCCACAAGUCGUCCGAAAAGGUAGAAGAUGUUUGGUCACAAGCAGACGAUCUCAUCGGUUGGCCUGAAGUGAAGGACAAACGCCGCAAAGUGCUGAUCGCCACGCUCGAAUACGAAAUCAUCGAUUGGAAGCUGAAGGUCAAGAUUGGUGGUCUCGGUGUCAUGUCGAGUCUUAUGGGGAAGGCGAUGUCCGACGUCGGAGACCUCGAGUAUCCCCAAGGCGAACCCGCGGAACCUAUCGAGGUCAUCAUCUUCGGCGAGCCGUACCUAAUCGAGGUUGAGACUCACGUCGUCGACAAUAUCACAUACGUCAUCCUCGACAGCCCUGUCUUCCGCGCUCAGACGAAGGCUGACCCGUAUCCUGCUCGCAUGGACGAUCUCAGCUCCGCCAUCUUCUACUCGACUUGGAACCAAGCGAUUGCUGCCACCGUGCAUCGCAUCCCUGACAUCGACAUCUACCACAUCAACGACUACCACGGUGCUCUUGCUGCUAUCUACCUCCUGCCGAAGGUGCUCCCCGUAUGUCUCUCACUGCACAACGCGGAGUUCCAGGGUCUCUGGCCGCUUCGCACGAAGGAAGAGAUGAAGGAGGUUUGCUCCGCGUUCAACAUCAGCAAGGAGCAUUGCACGAAAUACGUUCAGUUCGGUAAUACGUUCAACUUGCUCCACGCAGCAGCUUCCUUCGUCAGCGCCCAUCAAAAGUCGAUUGGUGUCGCCGGUGUGUCUGACAAGUACGGCAAGCGGAGUUGGGCUCGGUAUCCCGCUCUUUGGACGCUCAAGCACGUCGACUCGCUGCCUAACCCGGAUCCGACGGAUAUCGCCGCGCUGGACGAGAACCCUGUGAACGUCCGUGACAUCCAGAUUGACGACGUUGCGGAAGCGCAACGGCCAGAACACAAGAGGCAAGCGCAAGAGUGGGCCGGUAUCAAGCAAGACCCGAACGCCGCUCUGUUCGUGUUCGUGGGUCGGUGGUCGAAACAAAAGGGUGUGGAUCUGAUCGCGGACGUUAUGCCUUCCCUACUCGACAAGCGUCCUGAGAUUCAACUGAUCUGUGUCGGACCCGUCAUUGAUCUUUACGGUCGAUUUGCUGCUGAGAAGUUGGCGCGCUUGAUGGAGCUCUACCCUGACCGCGUUUUCUCAAAGCCAGAAUUCACUGCGCUCCCGCCAUACCUCUUCAGCGGUGCUGACUUCGCACUGAUCCCCUCGCGUGAUGAGCCAUUCGGUCUCGUCGCAGUCGAGUUCGGUCGAAAGGGUGCUUUGGGUGUUGGUAGUCGUCUCGGCGGUCUCGGACUCAUGCCUGGUUGGUGGUUCCCUGUGGAGUCGAUGUCCACAGAGCAUAUGAUGUCGCAACUGACGAAGACCAUCAAAAUGGCCUUGAAGUCGACAGAAGAGGAGCGGGCGAUGCUGCGCGCAAGAUCUGCAGUGCAGCGCUUCCCAGUGGUUGAAUGGCGGCAGCGUAUGGAAGACUUCCACAAACGCAGCAUCACGACCAGUCGUAGGAUAGCUGGUCACAACGCGUGGCGACCUUCAGACGCGGAAAAUACUCAGUUCAGUGGGCACUACGCAAUCGCGGAGACCGAAGAUUGGAAUCCGGAGCAUCAAGCCUACCCUUCGCAGCCAGACUGGGAUAGCCGCAGUAUGAGCGAUAGUCCUGCACUACCGUCCUCCCCUGGCUCGCCAGGACAGUGGAGCCAGGAUACCCUGACCCCAGGCGGCGAUCCUCACCUAGUCGCCCCGCGAUUCCUUGGGGAAUCCCGUAGAGGCUCGUAUAGGUCCGAUAUCUCAGCCUCGGACAGCGACCACGGUUCUCUUGAGAGAGGAUCAAGACAAGAUUAUGGAGACUUCCUUGAGCGGGCAAAUCGUACAAUUGCUCGCGAUCGGAAGCACAUGCCUGAUCCUUUCCUCGAAGCCGCUCCAAGCAGGCCGUUCACAGUCCAUUCAAGAGUGUCGUCAGUGGAGUCGAUCUCGUCCAUUGUUGAUGAGAAGCAGCAUUCGCCAUUGAACAAAGCGAUUGCAUCCUUCACCGACGCCGACGGUGGUGUUGCGCAAGAAUUCGUGCAGAAGCUGCAAGGCUUGAACGCCCAUAACUCCAAGCACGAGCUCUCGAUUGAGAAGUACCUAACAAAGAGCGAGGAGAAGUUCUUCGACAAGGUGAAACAUGACAAACUCUCUGGUGCUGCGAGCAUCCGAUCGUCACGACGAGACUCGAUAUGGGGAACGCCUGCUCCCUCUUCGUUUGACCACUCUCGCCCGUCGUCCCCAAGCACACGUUCCUUUGCGGAUGGGCUUCCACCUAUGGAUGACUAUAGUGCGGCUCUCAUGAAUGAAGAUGCUGUCGUCAUGUCGGGUUUACAGGUCGCUAUGUCUCGCGAGAUCGGCGGUUGGCCGCUCUACACCAUCGUGCUUGGUCUUGGCCAGAUGCUCAGCGCCACAGGCUUCCAGAUCUCGCUGCUCUCGGGAUCAAGCACUCAGUCAAGCCUAGACCUGUAUGUCAUUGGCGGUGUCUUCCUGGCUGCGACGGCUGUGUGGUACCCGCUAUUCCGCCUUAAGCCCUCAGUCUACGUUCUGUCAAUGCCGUGGAUCUUUUUUGGCAUAGCGUUCUUCCUCGUCGGCUUGCCCUCUGUUGCCGCCCCUCUCCAUUGGCUACACUACGAUCUAGCCAGUGCGGCUACAUGGUCAUACGCGGUUGCUUCAGCGGCAGGAUUCCUUUACUUCGGGCUGAACUUCGGAGAAGAAGCGGGUGCUGCGACAGAGACGUGGACGAUGCGGGCCUGUCUCGUGCAAGGUUCUCAGCAAGUCUGGGUGGCCGCCCUCUGGUACUGGGGCUAUCAGCUUGACGGCGUCUCUUCCGGUUACCUGAUGCCUUGGUGGGUCGCGCUGAUCGUCUGGCCUCUGGCCGUCAUAAGCUGGCUCUUCGCCUACUUGUUACUGUACGGAUUGCCAGACUACUACCGUCAAGCACCGCCCAAGGUCCCUCACUUCUUGAAGACUCUGUUUAGGCGUAAGAUUGUGCUAUGGUUCCUCGCAUCCGAGAUCCUACGCGAUUUCUGGCUUAGUGCACCGUACGGACGGAACUGGACUUUCCUGUGGAAUCAGAAUAUUCCGAAGUGGCACAUCCUUCUGCUCGUCAUUGGGUUCUUCGUCGGUGUCUGGGUCAUUCUCAUGGUAGGCCUCACGCAACUCAGCAAGACUCAUACGUGGCUACUUCCCAUCUUCGCUGUUGGACUGGGCGCCCCACGUUGGUGCCAGAUGCUUUGGGGAACGUCUGCGCUCGGUCUCUAUGUGCCGUGGGCUGGUCAUGCCGGUCCCUAUGCUGCCAUCGCCCUUUGGUUGUGGCUGGGUGUACUAGAUGCAAUCCAGGGAGUCGGUUUGGGAAUGAUCUUACUCCAGACUCUAUCACGUUUGCACGUGUGCGCAACGCUCGCAGCAGCCCAAGUCAUCGGAGCUUCUGUCACUAUGAUCGCUCGCGCAUUGUCGCCAGAUGGCACAGGUCCAGGACAUGUAUUCCCAGAUUUCGCAUUAUGGAGCUUCUCUCAGGGUCUGAAAGGUAUGUGUACCGACUUCUUCGCUGAGUGA